CUUUGCGUUCCUACCGCCUCACUUGCCUCCUUUUACCUUUUUAUUUACGCUUCUUUUGUCCCUCUUUCUCAUUCAAUUUUUUAGGUUUUAUUCUACACCCUUUUUUACCAUUCUAAGGUGGAUGAAUUCCGCACAGAUACUCUUUCGCAUAACCGCGGGGCAACGGUGUUUAAUUCAACCACUGGCCAGACACACCCACACUUCCAUUCUCUUCAAGCAGUUUAAAUUGGCAAACAUGGCGUCCGAGACACUCAGACAGCGGUACAGGGAAUUUAACAGCACUGCAGUUACCUCCGAGUCGCAGAAACCCGCCGGUGAUAGCGAAAAGGAGACAGAGCUCGGAAACAAGACACCCGGGUCAAAGCGGUCGCUGACCAUUGCUAUUGCCGGUGUGCUUGCUCUCCUCAGCGUCACUGGAUACAGCUUUAUGCGCCAGCCAUCUGGAGUGCCUGCAGUUGCACUGACUACAGUAGCGACACCAACAGAGACUGCGCUUCAGUCAGUAGCAACCAAGCGCAGUGACGCACAGAAGCGCUUAGAGGGAAUGACAAAAGUUGAGAGGCGCAAGGAGGUCAACCGCCUGCCCAUUCUCACGGACGACGAGGUCGACGCUGUACUGCGUGCCAAUGAAAAAUCAUGGCAGGCGAUCAAUGGAGCCUUGCGCAUAGAUACUGACCAGGUGUCGUCCAACGAGCCCAUCGAGGACUACUUGGCGACUGGUGACAUACAUGGCGGAUCACGAUACAUGGUGGGCGUAUUCGACGGGCAUGCCGGGUUUAUGUGUGCUGAGCAAUUGGCUGCGCGCAUGCAGCCGAUGAUUGACGCGGCGCUACAGGAAAUCGAGGGCACCAACAAGACGAUCAGUGCCCCGCUUUCGGAUGCUGUGGUGAGGCUGCAGCGUGAUGUCGGACGCGGGUGGGACACGGUUCCGAUGGCUCUGACAGCCGCAUUCAUGGCAAUGGAUAAUGAGCUGGUGCAUGCUUCGCUGGCCGAGUACCAGCGUCUAGCGGACCCAUCGCAGAUGAGCCGUCUGCUGGGCCCCGCCGUCUCUGGCAGCUGUGGUCUGGUUGCCCUGGUUGACACCGACGCAAACGAGGUUGUGGUGGCCAACACUGGCGACAGCCGCGCGCUUCUCGGCGUGCGUCUCGCCAAUGGCACAUGGAAGGCUGUGCGGCUCAGCCAGGACCACACGGCAGGGAACCAAAAUGAGCUGAGCCGUUUGGCCCGCGAACAUCCAGGCGAAACAGUCAUAAGGUCUGGUCGCAUAUUGGGCGGUCUCAUGCCCACACGUGCAUUUGGUGACUCCCGUUACAAAUGGCCGAUUGGUGUUCAGCGUGCGCUGUUCCCGCAGCUGCUGGCCAACGGUCACAAGUAUGCAACGUCGCCGCCUGAUCUUCUGUCGCCGCCAUAUGUCACGGCGCAUCCCGUCAUUGUCCGGCACAAGCUUGGAAAGGGCGAUCGGUUUAUUGUGGUGGCGUCAGAUGGGCUUUAUGACCAGAUGGCCGAUGCCGAUAUUGUACAAGUUGUUGCUCAGUGGUACGAGGCCAGGGAUCCGGCCAGCGGCUUGGUCACCAAAGAUAAGAAUGCGGCUACGCAUUUGAUUCGGGCUGCGUUAUCUACCGAUGGCAAUGGAAAUCGCAGGGAUGAGAUUAUUCGCUACAUGUUGGCCAUCCCACCACCGGUCUCACGCCGCUACCGUGAUGACAUUUCGGUUGCUGUGAUUACGCUUAACGAAGCAAAUUAAAUUCAACCCCCGAUAUUAUAUUUUAGGCUAUUUUUCACAAUCUGUCCAGUCCAUAUAUAUAUUUUUUACUUUGCACAUAUUUAUUUGGACGGAAUAAAUGGAAACGCUCGUUUAUA